AUGUCUUUCCUUGCUGGUCCUUUAUGCAGUCCGUCAAAUUGGGCACAGGCGUACUCUACAUGUGGCGAGAACAGUCAAUCACCCAUCAAUAUUAAAAUUUCCGAUACAACAUUACAAGCUAGCCUUGGAAACAUGACAAUGACCGGAUAUGACACACCAGUCGCCUUAACGAUUAAAAACAACGGACAUACUGCCCAAGUUGACGUCACCGGUAAUCAAUAUAUUUCGAAUGGCGGCCUUUCUGAACAAUAUAAACUUGCACAGUUUCACUUCCAUUGGGGAUCUGAUGACACUAAAGGUUCCGAACAUCAACUUAACAGUAGAACCUAUCCCAUGGAAGUAACUCUCAUGAACUUUAUCCCAAGUAACCCAACCAACUUUUUCCGAUACAGUGGAAGUUUGACAACACCCUCAUGUAAUGAAGUUGUUGUGUGGACAGUUUUUACUGAAACUAUAAAAAUCUCAAAAACCCAGAUGGCGACAUUUCGUACAUUGAUGUCCUCUGAAACUGAUUCCAAUAACCAACAAUAUAAUAUAACCAACAAUUUCAGACCUGUUCAGCCGCUAUAUUCAAGACCAGUACUUUCUAAUUUCUACUCAAGCUCCGCCACAACAGCGUAUAUUACAGUUUAUACCGCCCAAGUUGACGUCACCGGUAAUCAAUAUAUUUCGAAUGGCGGCCUUUCUGAACAAUAUAAACUUGCACAGUUUCACUUCCAUUGGGGAUCUGAUGACACUAAAGGUUCCGAACAUCAACUUAACAGUAGAACCUAUCCCAUGGAAGUUCAUCUCGUCCAUUAUAAAACUUCUCUAGGAAGUCUAGGAAAUGCUGUAGACCUGGUAUCUUUAAACAACACAGCUCUGAUGAACUUUAUCCCAAGUAACCCAACCAACUUUUUCCGAUACAGUGGAAGUUUGACAACACCCUCAUGUAAUGAAGUUGUUGUGUGGACAGUUUUUACUGAAACUAUAAAAAUCUCAAAAACCCAGAUGGCGACAUUUCGUACAUUGAUGUCCUCUGAAACUGAUUCCAAUAACCAACAAUAUAAUAUAACCAACAAUUUCAGACCUGUUCAGCCGCUAUAUUCAAGACCAGUACUUUCUAAUUUCUACUCAAGCUCCGCCACAACAGCGUAUAUUACAGUUUAUACCGGUGUCUUAUCACUCAUCUUAUCCAACAUUCACUCUCAUUAAAUCCAUUCUAACUCUGUUCUUUUGAUGAAAAACCGGUGCAUGUGAUUAAUUUAUGUAGGAAGCCGACUUGGGGAGGGGGGGUAUCGUUCUGCAUGAUUGGCUAAUUAUGAGGAGUGCCAUUUUGCAAUGCACGUACAAUAUUGGAAACUUUAAUGAGCGUAUAUACUGAUAGGAUAUUAGAUCGAAUUCGUCAUUUUUCGUCUAGUUGCAAUGUAAAUUCAUAUAUAUGUAUGGACGAAACAUAUGUUUAUUCAGUUAAGACAUUCGAUUUUAAGAAUAUCAAAUGAUGAAUGUCUCAGUUGGCUGUGAUGUUUGAGAUAAGACUACAGUAGUUCUUCUACAUCUUGUAGGUUUGUCAUUACUGGAACAAAGAGCUCUAAAAAUUAUAGUAUAUAGUAAUGACAAGAGAAUUAUUAAUUUUAACGCUUUCUACUCAUUCUUAAGUCUGGCGCACAUUGGCGACUUCUUGGGCAAUUUGUAAGCGAUUUUUCAUUGCCCGUAUAUUGCUUGCAAAAAACAUCGUCUGGGUGCGAUACCAACGGACAAAGGCUUUUAUUGCCGGUGGUAAUUUGCCAAGCUUGUCAUUCCGCGACAAAGAAUUUUCUCGUUAUGUAUGUACCACCAAGCGAUACAUGCUCGGUAUACCCAGUGGUA